CUCAGGCCGAGUGCCCGUUGACUAGCCAUAGUCAACAAUCCUCCGUCAUUUCCAUUGCAGCGAACAAUCAAGCAUUCCAUUGGCGCCAAGCCAGAUGGAAAUCUCCGGCUAAAUCCGGUAGGCGCGACAAUGAGAAAGAAGGCCAACAAAAAAUCGAUGCCGAGGCCUCAACAAAAACCGACGAAGACGGCUUCUUCAUCCUCAAUUUUCAAACUGAAUCACAGGAAGACUUCCCUAACAGUUUCGGCAAUCCUAGCGGUAUGUUUGAUAGCUCUCUUAAGCAUUUCGUCGAGCAGGGAGCGCGCCUUUGGAGCUUCGAAUCACCCCUUCCCCGAUCAGCUUCUGUACACCGGCGAAGUAAUCAACGAGUUCCCUCACGAUCCAGACGCCUUUACUCAGGGUCUACUAUAUGCUGAAAAUAAUACCUUAUUUGAAUCAACUGGACUUAAUGGACGAUCAUCUGUUAGGAGAGUUGCUCUUUCAACUGGCGAGGUAGAAGCUAUUCACGUAAUGCAGUAUUCUGAUUUUGGGGAGGGCUUAACGCUACUUGGUGACAGGUUAUAUCAAGUAACAUGGCAGCACAAUACUGGUUAUAUAUAUGACCGGCAUAAUAUAAGCAAAUUUGAGGGUUUUACUCAUGAAAUGCAUGAUGGUUGGGGAUUGGCAACUGACGGGGGAGUUUUGUAUGGCAGUGAUGGAUCUUCAACAUUGUAUCAGAUUGAUCCUUAUUCUAUGAAAGUCAUAAAAAAACAUACUGUGGUGUAUCAAGGGCAAGAAGUGCCGAAUCUCAAUGAGCUUGAGUUUGUCAAUGGUGAAGUUUGGGCUAAUGUAGAAGGAUUACUAGCAAGUGGGUACACAAGAAUUGAUGCCCUGAAUGGCAUAGCAUGGGAUAAAGAUGGAAGCCGUAUUUUUGUGACUGGCAAACUAUGGCCCAAACUUUAUGAGAUCAAAGUGCAGCCUUUGAAGACCCCAUUCAAUGGGGAUAUCAAGCAGAUGUGCAUUCCUCCAAUAGCCCAUUUUUGAGUUCCAUGUAAAUUAAAGAUUGUUUUUUAGUUGGUCAAAAUUGUUAACUCUUUUGCCGAACCUCAUUUGUUGUAUCUUAUAUCUUGUAAGGAGGUGUAGCCAGCAAACUUAGUUAAACACAUGUUGCUUUUGGGUGUCAGAAGAGUAGAACCGAGUUUGAAUCAUGACACAUGUAUUGAGAGACUAUCGUGCAAAACAUGAAGGGACUGUUUG